AUGUAUGAUUGCGGUGCCAGGGAGUGUCCCAACAAUCCCGACAGCUAUUGCGACAUUGAUUCAGGCACUUGCAAGUUGACCAAGUGGGUUUGUGAAGGAGUGAACACAGUGGAGCAAUCCUGUGGCGAUCAAACUGCUUGGAAACGAUGGACUCUAUCGGGAGACAAAUCGUCCGUCUCCACAGCGACAGUCUGUGGUUUUGACGACUCUGUCUGCAAUCCAGAUGCAGGUGGUGGUGGCAGUUCUCUUAACUCAUCUUCGGCCAAUCACAACUGUUACUACAAACCAACCGCUGUGGGGGCAGUUUUUGCAAUGAUCACUUUCUUGGCAGGUAGUACAAUUGCGUUUUGGUAG